AUGAACAUAUCUCCGCCGCUGCAAUAACGAACCCCACCACCCCGAUAGCUGUCGCGUUAUCCUUCUGCGUUCCUAGCAAUCACAUAAAUAAUUUCUGUAAAUCAAUUCGAACCUAAUAACGCGACCGACGCGGGCCAAUGCUGGGCAUAGCUGGAACCUCAUGCCUGCACCUCCGCCCUCUCUAGAUUCUGCUGACUACGACCCGAUCGAUCAUCUGAACGCGCUCUUCGCCCAUCCCUCAUCCCUCUCCUCCGUAUCUGGCGUCACCGAGACGCUCCGCAGCUACCAAGAUGACCUGGACGAGGACAUCGCCAACUUCGUGUCCUCACAGUCAGCCUCCGAUGCGGACAGCGUGCAGCGUAUACAGGCAGCUAAGGCAGAGCUCGCCGACCUGUUCAAGAAGAUCGAGAGUGUUCGAGAGCGAGCCAUGCAGACAGAGCGGACCAUCACGGAUAUGACAGCGGACAUUAAGCGACUGGAUAACACAAAGCGUAACUUGACGCUUUCCAUGACGGCUUUGAAGAGGCUGCAGAUGUUGACGACUGCAUAUGAGCAGCUGAGGAGCUUGAGCAAAACCAGGCAGUACAGGGAAUGCGCCCAGCUCCUGCAAGCUGUCAUCCAGCUUGUCGCACAUUUCAAGAGCUACAGGUCGAUAGAUCAAAUCGCAACAUUGAGUCGCAACGUCGCUGAUCUGCAGAGCGAACUUUUGGAACAAAUCUGUGAGGAUUUCGAGGUUAUAUUCGCCAAAGGGGAGGUUGCACAACGGAAGGCGACAUUGGCGGAGGCUUGCUUGGUCAUGGAUGCUCUCGGUGACCAUGCUCGAAUUCGGUUAAUCAAUUGGUACUGCAAUACACAACUGCGAGAGUACCGACAGGUCUUCCGUGGGAAUGAUGAGGCGGGCUCAUUAGACAAUAUCUCUCGCCGAUAUAGUUGGUUCAACCGCAUGAUGAAGACAUACGAUGUGGAGCAUGCAAGCAUUUUCCCUUCUUAUUGGAAAGUGAAUGAGAUGCUUGCCAACAGUUUCUGCGAAGGAACACGUGAUGACUUCAAGGGAAUUUUGCAGCGUUCUGUUCGACGAGGAGACGGUCAAAGUUUGGACGUCGAUCUCUUACUCUCUUGCCUGCAGGAGACCCUUAAUUUUGAACAAGCCCUUGAGAGACGUUUCUCCAACGAGUCUCGAUCUUCAAUUGAUACAAUGGCUUCUAAGGACGAUAAGUCCCACGGAUUCAGUCAAGCCAUUUCCGAAGCAUUCGAGCCAUAUAUGUCGCUUUGGGUCGAAUCUCAAGACAAACAACUGGCUUCACUGAUACCGAGCUAUCGCCAGCAGCCGCUACGAAAUGCCGAAGAAGAAUUUUCCGCACAAGCUGUCAUCCCCUCAUCGACGGAGUUGUUCAACUUUUAUCGCCUCACGCUUGCGCAAUGUGCCAAACUCUCAACUGGAUCUAGAUUACUUGAACUUUCCACAACUUUUGCCAAAUACCUGGAUUUGUACGGCCAGCAAGUGCUCUAUUACUUCUUAAGUGAGAAGUCGGGCGCAUCAGGACCAUCGAUCGAAGAUGCUGUGCUUAUAUUAAAUACAGCGGACUACUGCUAUGUUACAUGCAACCAACUUGAAGAGAAAAUCAGAGGCCGGAUAGACGAAGAGUUUAAAGCAAAGGUCGAUUUGCAAAACCAGGCAGAUGCAUUCAUGGGAAUCGCAGGUGCUUCUGUCCGCGUUUUGGUAAGGAAAAUCGAGAUCGCCUGUGAGCCAAGUUGGCGCGAGAUGCGCAAUACGCCGUGGGCAAGGCUGGAAAGUGUUGGCGACUCCAGCACCUACGUGUCUGAGUUGUUGCGCAACUUCAAAGAAAAGUCUGCAGAGAUACUCAAACAUCUUCAAAAGCAACAAUAUGCCCGAGCCUUUUGCGACAAUGCUGUCGACCUCAUGGCAAACACCUACAUCGCCAACAUUGUGCAGAGCAAGCCGAUCUCCGAGGUGGGCGCCGAACAGAUGCUUCUAGAUUCUUAUGUCCUCAAGAAAGCCUUCACUGAGCUCCCAACUUUGAACGAAGAAGCGGGCACUGCCCCUCCCGCAAGUUUCGUCAAACGUGUCAAUCAAACGAUGUCACGUAUCGAUCCUCUUCUCAAGACCUUACAAGUCCGUCCCUCUCCGCCAGAGGCUCUAGUCCAAGCAUAUCUUAUUCACAUCGCGGACAAAUCUGACACCAACUUUCGCAAAAUUUUGGACCUCAAGGGUGUCCGCAAGAGCGACCAAGCCCAACUGCUCGACCUCUUCGCCGCAUUCCGCGCGUCUCCCAAUCACGAAAACCUCGUGCAAAAUUCACCACUUUUAACACCUCUGCAGAUUCAAUCUGCCAACAUUGGCGCCAGCAUUGGAAGUCUCGGAACCUCGGCGACUAGCGGUUUGAUCAGCACUCCAAGUUUGGGCGGUGGCAGGUUUGAUCCUGCAGGGUUCGGAAACGCAAUCAUGAACGCAGCACGCGACGGUGUAGAUAGAUUUGGCAGCCCUGUGCCUGGUCAACUAGGCAUCGACGGUCCCGCAGCCGGUGCAGGUGCCGCAGACGGCAAGACCAAUCUCAACGAGAACCUUAAGAACAUCGGGAAGUUUUUCAAGAGAGAUGUUGGCGGGUUCAGGGGAUUUGGAAGGAGUGACGAAGGUAGAUAGAUAUGCGGUGGCGUUUUUCUGGGAGGAUCAAACGGAGUUGUUUGAGUAGACAUUGUCAUUUUUUUAGCGACAUCAGCAUGGCAAAAGCGGAAUUCAUUCUAUUUCUCGC